AUGCUAACGGCGACGAAGUCUCUGGUAGGCGGUGCAUGUGCCGCCCCGUCGCCGGCCCGGCGGCGGACGUUCGUGGUGCCCGAGGCUCGCCGGAAACCAGGCAAUGGCCGCCGCACCAGUGUGUCCAAGGUUGGCAGCACCAGCACCACCACCACUACCACCACCACCUUGUCGUCCGACUCCAAUGGGACGGCCGUUGGCACGGUCACCCGCCCAGACGCCCACGUCCGGGACCGCACGCAGACCACCGAGAUGAAGGCCACGGUGACGGUGCACAUGAGUAAGGCAGCCGGGGUUCGUGAUUUCCUGUACGAUCUCAUCCUCAAAACUUGGUUGCAUGUUGACCUCGUCAGCUCCGAAUUGGAUCCACAAACGGGGCAGGAGUGGGAGCCCAUCUCCGGGGCCGUCAAGCACUCAGGUAGAGUGGACGACGAGUGGGACAUGUACGAGGCCACCUUCAAGGUGCCGGGAUCCUUUGGACCCAUUGGCGCCGUUCAAGUCACAAACUACCACCACAGCGAGAUGUUGCUGGGGGACAUCGAGGUCUUCCCCACCGGCCAGGAGGAGUCCGCCGUCACGUUCCACUGCAACUCCUGGAUCGACCCAUCUCACUGCACCCCCGACAAGCGUGUUUUCUUUCCCGCGCGCUCGUACCUUCCGUCGCAGACGCCCAAGGGCGUGGAGGCGUUGCGCAAGCGUGAGCUCGAGAUCCUCCGCGGCACCGGCUGCGGCGAGCGCAAGGAACACGACCGCAUCUACGACUACGAUGUGUACAAUGACCUCGGCAACCCCGACGACGAAAAGAACCCCACCACACGGCCCGUGCUGGGUGGCAAGGAGCACCCCUACCCGCGGCGCUGCCGCACGGGCCGCCCUCGCAGCAAGAAAGACCCGUUUUCGGAGGAGAGGAGCCACAAGGACCACAUCUACGUGCCCCGGGACGAGGCCUUCACGGAGCGCAAGAUGGGAGCCUUCGACACCAAGAAGUUCAUGUCGCAGCUGCACGCCCUGACCACGGGCAUAAAGACCGCCAAACACAAGGACCAGAGCUUCCCCUCCUUGUCGGCCAUUGACAAGCUGUACGACGACAACUUCAGGAACCAGCCGGUGCAGCCCGAAGGGGGGAAGCUCAGGUUCGUCAUCGAUUUGCUUGAGACGGAGCUGCUCCACCUCUUCAAGCUCGAAGGGGCCGCGUUCCUCGAGGGGAUACGCAGGGUCUUCAAGUUUGAGACGCCAGAGAUUCAUGACAGGGACAAGUUUGCUUGGUUCAGAGACGAGGAGUUUGCGCGACAAACCAUCGCAGGGAUGAACCCAUUGAGCAUCCAACUAGUCACGGAGUUUCCUAUCAAGAGCAAGUUGGACGAGGCAACCUACGGCCCGGCAGACUCCCUCAUCACUGAAGAGCUGGUUGAAGAGCAGAUCAGACGUGUCAUGACAGUUGAGGAGGCCGUGGCUAACAAGAAGCUCUUCAUGCUGGACUACCAUGACUUGUUGCUGCCAUACGUCCUCAAGGUCCGCAAGCUCGAGGGCACCACCUUGUACGGCUCGCGCGCGCUCUUCUUCCUCACCGCCGACGGCACGCUCCGGCCCAUCGCCAUCGAGCUCACCAGGCCCAAGUCCAAGCGCAAGCCGCAGUGGCGCCAGGUCUUCACGCCUGGAUGCGACGGCAGCGUCACGGGGUCCUGGCUGUGGCAGCUCGCCAAGGCCCAUGUCCUGGCUCACGACGCCGGCGUCCACCAGCUCGUCAGCCACUGGCUGAGGACGCACGCCUGCACCGAGCCCUACAUCAUCGCCGCCAACCGGCAGCUCAGCCAGAUGCACCCCGUCUACCGCCUGCUGCACCCGCACUUCCGCUUCACCAUGGAGAUCAACGCGCAGGCGCGCGCGAUGCUCAUCAACGCCGACGGGAUCAUCGAGGGCUCCUUCGCGCCCGGGGAGUACUCCAUUGAGCUCAGCUCCGUGGCUUACGACCAGCAGUGGCGGUUCGACAUGGAGGCCCUGCCGGAAGACCUCAUCCGGAGGGGCAUGGCGGUCAGGAAGGAGAAUGGCGAGCUGGAGCUGGCCAUAGAGGACUACCCCUACGCCAACGACGGCCUGCUCAUCUGGGACGCCAUCAAGGAGUGGGCGUUGACCUACGUGGAGCACUACUACCCGUGCACCGCGGACAUCGUCGAUGACGAGGAGCUCCAGGCUUGGUGGACCGAGGUGCGCACCAAAGGCCACGCCGACAAGCAGGACGAGCCGUGGUGGCCCGAGCUGGACAGCCAUGAGAACCUGGCGCAGGCCCUGGCGACCAUCAUGUGGGUCACGUCGGCGCAUCACGCCGCCGUCAACUUCGGGCAGUACCCCAUGGCCGGGUACAUCCCCAACCGCCCGACCAUGGCCCGGAGGAACAUGCCGACCGAGAUGGGUGGCGACGACAUGCGCGCGUUCGUGGAGGCGCCGGAGAAGGUGCUGCUGGACACGUUCCCGUCCCAGUACCAGAGUGCCAUAGUCCUUGCCAUCUUGGACCUCCUGUCGACGCACUCGUCGGAUGAGGAGUACAUGGGCACGCACGAAGAGCCGUCAUGGAAACAGGAUGGGGUGAUCAGGCAGGCAUUUGACAAGUUCAAGGAGAGGACUAGGGACAUCGUGGAGCAGGUGGACGAGUGGAACAACGACCCCGACCGGAAAAACCGGCACGGCGCCGGCAUGGUGCCGUAUGUGCUGCUCAGGCCAUCGGACGGUGAUCCUACGGACGAGAAGAUGGUGAUGGAGAUGGGAAUCCCCAACAGCAUCUCCAUUUGA